UAACCCAAUUCACAGCACAGUCUAGACGUAACAAGUGACACCACUGGCUGCACUGCCGUGCCCAGGCUGGGGUGACUCGACAGUUGUUGAGCAGGGGCAAAGUGACACAAUACGCCGCUCACUAUCAGUGUCCUCUGCAGCUGAAAACAAAAAUGUCUACAAAAGAACUGACCGAUCGUGGAGGAGAGAGCAUGAUUGUCAACUGCUACAAAGGAUGUUAUUUCUACCGGGGAGGGUUUCCUAUUCCGUUUGAAGAGCACAUGAAGCGGGUGGAGGACAUGGCGCUACGGUCUGAUGAUGUCAUCCUUUGCAGCUACCCAAAAUCAGGGACACAUUGGCUGUGGGAAGUCAUCAGCAUGAUAGUCAAUGAAGAUCUGGAAUACAGAGAGCGAGAGCGCGGAAUGGACAUGUUGGAUUUCUCGCCAAUGAGUUUACUGGAAUCCAUCAAAUCCCCCAGAGUGCUUGGUAGCCAUAUCCACUUUCGUUUUCUCCCCAAAGAGGUUUUAACAAAGAAGCCCAAAGUUGUGUAUAUAGUCCGCGAUCCCAAAGCCGUUGCUGUGUCCUACUACAAUAUGACUUUUGGAAUGAAAACAGUGAGGAGCUAUGAUGGACAUGUUCCUGUCAAAGAGUACAAUGGGAAGUGGGAGGACUAUUUGGAAUCGUUCAUCAGUGGUGAAGUGGAAUACGGAUCUUGGUUCGACCACACUCUAAGUUGGAAACAAGCAAGGGAAGAUAAUCCCGAUGUUCCAGUAUUUCUGUUGAAAUAUGAAGACAUGAAAAGCGACCCUGUUUCGUGCAUACAAAAACUGAGCACAUUUUUAGAGAAACCCAAUAAUAUUGAGAGGGCCCAGGCGAUCGCGGACGCCUGCAGCUUUUCUAACAUCAAGAAAGUCAAUACAGGAACCAGGGCUGAUGGCGUUGUUUGGAAGGAAGGAGGGAAUAUGUUCAGGAAAGGGCAAAGCAACGACUGGAAGCAUUGGUUCAAAGUGGCUCAAAACGAGAGGUUUGAAGACGUCUUGAUGGCUAAAAUGAACAAAAGAGGUGUUUCUGAAUAAGUGAUAGAUACUUUAGAAAACACACACACAAUUCAAUGUAUCAUUUGUGCACAACAAGGUUGAAACACUCCUGUUGGAGCGUCACAUGUAUGUCUUGUUAUGUGUCCACUUCCAAAUUGAAACAGUAAGUUAACCCAGAAAGCAAAACGUAAAACCAACAAAUAACAAAGAGAUGCUAAACAAUCAACACUUGUAUUAGAAAUAAACCAGGUCUACAAGCCAAUACAAAUUACUGCAAAGCAAGUAGAGUGGCAGUACAAAAUUCAAUGGCAGUAUAAAAUUCAACAGCAGUGGAAAUUCAAUUACAACAUUGUUUAGCAAUACAUUACUCAGCAACAGAACCGUUAAAUGAAGACAGGGUUGACUUAUGAUUUUAGUUUCUGCUUUUUCAUGCUUUAACUUGAGAUACAACAACAGCAACAACAACAAUGAUAUCAUGAGCUUGUGUUAAUGAAUCACUAUCAAAUAGUAAUGAUACCAGGUGUUCGCGAAAAGGUGAGCGUAUCCUGUCCCACCAGUGGCAUCCGUCACAUACGCAUGCAAAGGCAAGUCAAUUGUUCACCUAAAAAACAAGAAAAUGAAUUGGCUAUAUGACCAUUAUUGAACGAUAUCAGCUCAUCGAUAUACCGGAAGCUUAUGUUAAACUUCUUGGCCGAAUUCCCCUGUAUCAUGUGAGGAAAAGUUUGUAUCCUGAAGUCUUUGGUGUUAAAGCAGCUGGAAUCAUCACUUACCACUGAAUAUCACUGCUUAUUAAUUUAUUCGGCAAUAUUUCAUCACCACCGAAUCAGUGUGUCAAUGAGGUGCGUGAGUGUGAUAAUGUGUUGAGAUUCGUUUAUUAAAAAGAAAUAUUGACUUAAAAACCAUGUAUUCAGAGUAAUAGCCAAAUGUAUCCCCAAAUAACAUGUUUUCGAAUCUCACCUCUUUCCGAGCCCCUCAACAAAACGUAACCACGCGCUUUAUGGCGUAAUCAAGGUACAGUCUUCAAAGCCUACUGAAGACAUCAAAAUGUUCGCCUCUUGUCGCUGAAGUUAUGUUACGAAUUAAGCUAGACGAGGUAAGAUGUUCAAAAAGGUAUGAAAACAUACUUCAAAACUUACUUUUGCACUGAUGAAUAAACUUGAUCUGUUGAUAUUUUUUCGCCAGAAUCAUCGCAUGCACCGGUGAUACAUCGGCUGCUGUUUGUCAACUUGCUGGCUGUAAUGUCAUGUGACUGAUUAUGCUGAUUGUCUAUUCUUAACUUGUCUGUCGUAGAGGGGCUCGAAAUCAGGUGACGGUAACAAGAUGGCGCCUGAUUGACUCGUCUCACUUGGCGAGGCAUAAUCACGAUUAAAUUGACAAAUUUGGCCAUUUGACUAUCCAACUGUAAACCGAAAUAAAUGUUGUCAAAGGUUAGACUUAAUUUUAUAGCGAUUGUUAUAAGACACGUAAUCAGAUAUACGUCUUAGGGUCUCGAAAACAGUGCGCUAGGAUACCCGCAUCAACUGUGAACAUGUGAAAAUAUUAUGUAAUAUACACCCCACCUAUAUUGUGUUUCUGUUGAAUUAACUUAAUAAACUAAGGGCAAAAGAAUA